AUGACUAGUCAUCUGGGGUUGUCUUUUAUACAGAAGAUAACAACUGUUAUUCGUAUACUCGCAUAUGAUUGUGCAGCCGAUCACUAUGAUAAAUGCAGAGGAGUAUAUACGCCUACCCAUGAAGCCGAAAUAGCACGACUGCUUGAAGAAGAGGAGCAUAGAGGAUUUUCGGGUAUGUUUGGUUCUAUUGAUUGUAUGCACUGGGAGGAAAGAAUUGCCCAAUGGCGUGGCACGACGCACAUAGGGGAUGCUCUGGGUUCACACAAUGAUAUAAAUGUAUUUAAUCAUUUCCCUGUAUUCAACGGUAUCGUCAAUGGCCAAUUACCUCCGGUUAAUUAUGUAGUGAAUGGACAUCACUAUAGAAUGGGGUAUUACCUGUCUGAUGGAAAGAUGUGGAUAGUAACGCAAGGACCAAUGCGUUACUGGGAGAAAGAUGACUUGCGCCUCAUAAUGAAAACGUGCAUCAUUCUUCACAAUAUGAUCAUUGAAGAUGAGCGUCACGUAAAUGUUGGAAGAUGGACUCCGCCAACGGAGGACCGAUUCCCACUUUAA